AGAAAACGAAACUUCCCCCUGGCCCAUUUGACUUCAAAACCCUACUAUCUCUGUGUGAGCGGUAGCAAAGAUUUUCACCAUAUCACGCUGAGCGCUCUCUUGCCAAAUAAUUCGCUCUGUGACAUACACACAAAAAAAAGAAACUGCCUGCAAAAACAGUCAUGAAAACAGUUCAAUUGAAACCACUACGCCAACGGGUUCGGUUCCGUACGCGCGGGGCACGCUGAAAAGCGGAAGUUCGGAAGCGCUGGGCAUAACACAGCCAGGAUCGUCAUCAGCCACGGGCAGAACAACUGGGAACCGAGCGUUGUGAAAUCGUUCGUGUGAGAAUCGACCCGACACUGUUCGCGAGUGGAAGUGUGCCGUUUGCUCUCGGUAGUGUGCUGCUCGCCGUCCAAGCAUCAGAGCAGUCAGAUCAAAAGUGAAAGAAAGGCAGAAAGUUAAGCAAAAAGAUACCAACCGAAGAACGACAAAUCAAGUCAAGGGAGAAAGCAAAAACAGAAAAAGCCCGUGCCAAGUGGAAGCUGCAGCCCAACUAGUGCAGCGGCACUCGUGUUUUCCGGAAGCUGUGUUUGGUGUAAAAAUCGAUCCCGCUAGUAGCUAGUAGCUACUACUUGUGUAUCAUGUGUGGUUAAGCGAAAGGUCGCAAAGUGCAAAAAUUGGCAUUCCCUAUGAAAUUGUGCAUCGCCUGACGCCUGACGCCAGUUUCGAACGCGCAUUUUUGACGAGUGUUACAACGGUGCGAAGGAAAAAAAUGUUGCUGCUAAAGAAAAACCUUCUCUGCUGGCUGCUCCUGUCAGCCAUAUUGGUGAAAACGGUGUACUGUGUGCCAACCGCAGCCGUUACCGAGGCGGACGAUGAAAAUGAUUCCGAAUGGGACGAGGAUGAAGAAUCGUCCGAAGCGGAUGAUGAUGGGCGGGUCUACAAGAAUCCCAGGAAUUCACCCUCAACCGAAUGUCCACGGGACGAGGAACAGGCAACGCUGCUGGGUCAAAAGUGUUUGCGCAAAUGUUCGUCGGAUGAGGACUGUAAGAGCAAGAAGAAGAAGUGUCUCUGCGAUGGUGCCUGCGGUAUGUCCUGCAUCAAACCGGACAGAGAGUGUCCGGAUCUGGCACAGCCCAGCCUAGGUUCUGUGACACUGUCCGGGAAGCAUUUUGGAUCGCGCGCCACGUACACCUGUCCCCAUGGGUAUCAUGUGGUUGGACUGCAGAGCCGACUCUGUCAGGCAGAUGGUAGCUGGGCGGGUAGUGAACCAGUGUGCAAGCAGAACAUCUACUGCUUGGAACCACCGACCAUCGAGCAUGCAAGACAUUCAGCACUCCCGGAACAGGCUACCUUUGAUCUUGACUCAACAGUUCAGUACCACUGCCAUACGGGAUACGCUACGGCCGGGUUUCCCCGUGCCAAAUGUUUAGCCGUCGAUGGACAAGCAAGCUGGUACGGGCCGGACAUUUCCUGUGAACCACGCUCCUGUGGACAGCCACCGGAUCCGGCUCAUGGUUGGCAUGCGGGGGAGAGUUACACGUUCGGUGGCAAGGUGACGUACCAUUGUGGUGAAGGAUAUGAGCUGGUCGGCCGAGCUGAACGCUACUGUCAAGCGGAUGGAUCGUGGACACCCAAGGAACUGCCGACCUGUGUUCUGGUAACUUCGGUACAGUGUCCAUCGCCGGAAAAUCCGAGAAAUGGUAAGGCAAUCUACACAAGCACGUCUUACAACUCCGUGGUUAGUUACGAAUGUCGCUACGGGUACACACUUGUGGGCGAAAGUUCACGUCGCUGUGGUGCUGACAAGCGGUGGACCGGAACGCUUCCGGCAUGCAAGGAAAUCAACUGUGGUCAUCCGGGCACACUGUACAACGGUUGGCUGGAGAACAUCGAGAGUGGCACAGGACUUGGGGCGAGCAUUAUAUUCCGUUGCCAUCCGGAAAUGUUGCUGGUCGGUAACACAUCCUCCGUGUGUCAGAUUGAUGGCCGUUGGCGGUAUCCGUUGCCACAGUGCUUGGCACCGUGUGUCGUACCGUCCAUCUCGCAAGGGCAGGUGAUACCGAUCGAGUUCGACAUAGACGUGAACGCAACGACCGUGGUACCGACGAGCGGUAGCAGCUCGAAGGUGAAACAUGGCACAGUGCUGGAGGUAAUCUGCGACGAGCACUACGAGUUCCCGUUCUCGUCCUUAUCGCCACCGACAUGCAACAAUGGAACCUGGAGCGUAAUACCACGGUGUGCACCGGCACGCUGUAAGACCAUGCCCAAACCACCCAAGUUUGGUAUGGUAUUGGCACCGAAGACGGAGCAUGGUAUGAGGGCAAGGUUUAAGUGCAAGGAUGGCUACAAUCUUACCGCACCGGGUGGUAAACCAAUCCCGGAUCCGAACAACUACGUGUUGAUCUGCUCGUUCGGUAAUUGGACCGGUGAGAUGCCCCAGUGUACGGAGGUGUACUGUCAAUUUCCGGGCUACAUUCCCAACGGGAAGGUAUUGCUGGUGGGCAAUAUGGGACUGUACGACUAUCGACCGUACGUGCGAAAGGUAAUCAACAAUAAGCAGAUAAUGUACGAGUGUGACAAGGGUUACGUGAUUGAGACGGGUCCACCAGGAGCGACCUGUAUCGGUGGCAAAUGGAGCCCAACGGAGUUGCCGAUCUGUACGCCCGGGCAACAUCCUCGGUUGCGUUGGAAUCGUCGACGUCGGUCGCUGGAUCUUCGUAUGCGCUUUCAUCGAUCGAAUCAGCUUAAGCAACACUAUCGAUAUCUGCAGCGUAAGCUUGAGGAGCAUGAUGCUUAUCACCAGCACGAGCUAGUGAAGCGUGCUGCCGCACCGUAUCGGGGUCAGAUCCCUUCCCAGCGUCACUAUACAUUCGAGGACUUUCAACGGCUCCGUGCGAAGCGUAGCAUCGAGUCGAAUCGGAACGCAAUGCUGAGAAGCGUAUUUCGUACAGCAAUGGUGCGCGAACGGCGCGAGCUUUCGGAUGCCGAGAAAGCGUACAGUAAGUACUACGAGCGGAUAAAGACCAAGUAUCGCAACUAUGUGCAGAAUUUGCUCGGGUUCAACAAGGCAAGAACGAUGGCUGCACACGAUGACAUCCACGUGCAGGACGGUCGGUGGCAUUCGUACCCGGAGUCGGACCCUGUUAGCCGCAACCGUGGUAUGCAGAAUGGACGUGAGACGGAAACGGGACAGCUCGUAGGAACGCCCGCUCCAUCUCCUGCAACUCGCCGACCACGACCACACAAAGGCAAACAAGGUAAGGCGCGAAAACCGAAACUACCGCCACCGAUUACCGUACCGGACAUAAACGAACAGUCCCGGUAUCGGUUGGAUUUUGUCGAGAGUGCCGAAAACAACCGGACGGCGGACCAUUUGAAUGAGAACGAUAUCUACAGUAACUAUUUCCCACCGCCACUGACCGGACGUUAUCAUACGAGCUGGCAGUUUGCUUCGGAAGUGACACCUAGCCAUCGGAACGAAGGUAAUCAGUACCGUGCGACACAGUACCGUGGUCGAACGGGUAAUCGAACGGAACCCACGGUGGAGGAAGACCCGUUCGCAUUGAUGGAGAAGCUACAGUCACAGAUUAUUAGACGCAAGCGUGAUACGCGCGAUGUUAGCAGCUCGAUGGAGGAAACGAAGCGUGGACAGAAAGCGAACCGCAAGGCACUGAAUCAGACGGACGUGGACAGCAUGGAUCCGGCGCGGAAGGUGAAGUUUAAGGGACCGUGUGAACCGUUAGCCAGUGAACCGUACACACAGCUGGAAAUUGUACGCCCCGGCAAGGAUCCGAACGAAACGUUCGGUCCGGGUACGAUUGUACGGGUGACCUGUACGAAGGGCUACGUGUCGAACAUUAUCAACCCGAACGCAACGGCAAAGUGUGUGCGGGGUCGAUGGAAACCAACCAAACCCACGUGCAGCAUGAAGCCUUGCUUCGUACCGUCAACCGAACACGGUAAGUACUACGAUGCGUCGGUUGAUCUGACGACUAUUGAUGCGGUACGACCUACGACCACUUCGCUCACACCGAUGGAGAUGAUCGAGAAUGGGAAGAUGAUUAACUUCCAAUGUGAUCACGGAUACAACACGCAGGGUCCUUCAAAUCUGCGAUGUUGGAAUGGUGAGUGGGCAGUUAGUUCUCUUCCGGAAUGUUUGCCUGCGCCCUGCGUACUUCCACCGAUUAUGCAUGCUAUGUAUCAGGGUGGAUAUCGUGCUGGACUAACCAUCGCACAUGGUAGCUCGGUGAUGAUCCAGUGCGAAAGUGGCAUGGGAAGUGCAUCCUCAGUACAGAUGGAUUGUGCUCUCGGAUCUCUUACACCGGAAACGAUCAACUGUGGAUACAUUUCAUCGCGCAAAUCUCGUGAUGAUGACAGCAGCUCGAUUAUCGUACUGGAUGGCAACAAUGUAACUUCGUCCGAGGAUGAAAACGAUGGUCGUGAGUGUGGUCCACCGGGUAAGAUCCAUGGCUCACUGGUGUACAAGAACGGUGAGCAGAUAGAUGAGGGCAGUGAUGAAGGCUUUCCGUCUGGUACGGAGAUAACGUUCGAUUGUAUCGCAUCCAUCACGGGGGAACAGACGACAUGGAAAAUUAUUUGCGAGGAUGGACAAUGGAUCGGACGGUCUAUGAAUUGCGAUGACGAUGAUCCACUGUUUCAUCGGUUACCGUCAGCGAAUGGAUCGUGCAUGUUCCGUAAUAAUGAACCGCACGUAGUCAGCUUUUACAACGAUCUGGAAAUUCGGGAGGAUAUUGUGGAAUUUCCACCAGGGACAACGAUCAUAUCGCGAUGUGUUGAUAUUGGAAAGUAUGCCAUGAUUGGUACCAGUGUACGUACAUGCGUUCGUUCGGAGUGGAGUGGCCAAAAGCCAUCCUGCUUUGGGUUGAAUCAGGAAAAUGAUUACGCUAUGGAAAAACCACCGACGAUACUGAUACGCCACCAGAAUGGUCCUAUUGCGCAGAGCAACGAUGGGAAGUUGAUCGUGUACCCAGGUACUACCGUCCAUCUCGAGUGUCUCUGGAUGCGCCGAUUUGGAAAUCCACGAUGGAACGUUAGCCAUGAUUAUCGCAAGUAUCCCGAAGGAUGGAGCUCGGACGAGGGUCGUGAUCCACAGUUGGAGUUUCGUAUUAGUAUUAUGCACGCGGUGAAAGAUGACUCCGGUAGCUUCACCUGUGUUACACCAGCUCGCCACACACAUACGGUCGAGGUGAUCGUAAAGGCAGUCCAUUGCAAUGAAAUCCAGGUACGUCGAGGACUUUCGGCUAGCACCGGUGAAACGAUGAUGGGGACACGGGUACUGUUCUCCUGCACGAAUGGUAAUGCACUGAUCGGUACACCGGAGAUUAGCUGUCUGCCGAGUGGCAACUGGAGUGCACCGUUACCCGUCUGCGAGAGUGUUGAGUGUGGUGAGGUUCCGAUACAGCCGAGCAGCAAUGGAUCAGCACCGCGGGUCGCCAUUCUGUCCCGGGAGGUGGGAGGAAGGGCAGCAUUCUCCUGUCCACCGGGGUAUGGUUUAAGGGGACCGAGUGAGGCCAUCUGUUUGCCAACGGGUGAAUGGGGUGGUCCUUUCCCGUCAUGUGUCGAGGUGCAAUGUUUCCAUCCGGGGGCACCACAAAACGGCUACGCUCAGGGAACGCCACCGUACAGGGCGGGUGAUGUGGUACAGUUCAACUGUAAUCCGGAGUACAUGAUGCAGGGACAACCGAUCAUCGCUUGCCAGGAUAAUGGACGCUGGUCGGGAGGUUUACCAAAAUGUGUACAGGCUUGCUCGUAUCCCGGCACCGCCAUCAGUGGUCGGAUGUCAUCGGUAAAGUUCUACUACUCGAUCGGUGAAAGCAUCACGUUCACUUGUGACGCCGGGCUGGAGUUGCGCGGUGCCAAGAUGCUAAAGUGUCUCAAGAACGGCAAAUGGUCGAAUGCCAUUCCGACGUGCGUGAAUCCGGACGCAGUAAAUGUGCGUACGGACGCCAAGGGAGUGUUCAAGCGGGACAACUAGACGGUUUCGAACCAUUUCGCCGUAAGGAGCGUACAAACGACCCACCUACUAGCGGUGGUACUGUCUGAUGCUGCUGCUGCCGCCGCCGAUGACGGUACUGCCACGAAGACACGAACCCUGUUGGAAAUCGGUUUCCGGAGAGGUAGAGAACUCAGCUGAACAAAGUGAAAGCUAAGAAAAAAAAAACGCAAUGGCAAUAGCAAUAAACCAGCAAUCAUCGAGAGCAGUUUUAAGGAAUUGUUUCAGCAUAAGCCGUAGCCGCUACAAAACCAGAAGAUCGUUACAAGCGUACAAGGGAAGAAUGGAAGUGAGAUGGAAGAGGGGAGGGGUGGGAGGUGCAGCUACUUAAUAAUAGUAAUAAGAUUUAAGCAAACAAAACAAUAACAAUAACAAAACGCAUAGCAAUGCAUACAUAAUCAUAAUGCAAGUUAAUUGGGCAAGCUAAUCAACAACAACAUCCCACACAUACGGACACAUACGCAUACACAAAUAUUAAGCAACUCACGUAGCUUAAGCUCAGCAGGGUAUGGCGAUUAAUCAGCAGUUAAUAACUCCUUUUUCCCACAGCCCGUAGUACGAAGGGUAGUACAUAUCGCGCUAAGAGCAGUGCUAAAGGAAGAAGGUUCAAAAACGCGACCCGAAUUUGUUCACAAAAAUGUUCUUCUUGUUUGCUUUCCCUUCACUAAAAAGGACACAAACGGGGGCAAGUAGAAAGAGAAGCAGAUUCAACAUACUCGUAAAGUUAAACGACCAGAUGUACACGUAUGGAUAUUUAUACUAAAUACUCUAAUUUUCAUUCAUUUUCAGCAAUUGCAAGGACAUAAUCAAUUGUAAAAACUUGAAAGUUUAAAUUGUUUCAUUCGGUUUUUAAUUGUUAAUAACCAUUGUUUCAAGGAUUCAAGUAUUCGCUAGCAAUUGUUUUUGAAAGUAAAUGACUUGUGUAACAUUUAGCACAAAUAUAAUAUUUUAAAUAUUUAUCUUACCAUUUUCAACAGCAUAACGCUUCAAAAACUUAAUUUCCAAAACUGCUGUUGUUUGCGAUCAACGUUCAAAUUUGAAUUGUUUGAAUGGCUUUCCAACUGAUUUAGAAAUUGAUGUUUUAAUACAAUUUGUCAGCGAUUAUAUUAUUUAAAAUGAUAUGAUAAAUAUGUGAAACUAUUAAUUUUUGUCUCAAAUAUUAUUUCACAUAUUUUCACAUUGGAUUACGUCUUUGCACUUGGUGAACAUAAAUGAAAAUUAGUGUAAAUAUUACAUAAAUGCUAUCGGAAUCAGGGCUUUGAUUGUUGUAUGGAAGAAAUGGUUAAUGUUUGAUUGGUACAGGUUGACCAUUACUAGUAUCUUAAUGCGAUGGAUGUGGAAAAAAAAGACCAUAGAGAGAUCGUAAUCCACAGAAAGGGAAGAAAGCAAAUAACUUUGAGAUAUCCUCACUGGGAACGUUUCGUUAGUGCCGUGUGUCCUGUUAAUGCUUGCAACAACUGAAUUGCUUUUGUUUGUGUUUCAACGCAUUCUUACUGUUGUCACUGUUGAUACUGAUGAUGCUCUGAUACUUGGUUGUUGUCUGUUUUGAUGGAUUGCACGCACCGAUCAUUUUGACGUUGGGGGAAUCCUUUUGUUUGUGAACCGACCGACCCAGUUCGCAGUGGUUUUAUGCUUGACGCACAUUUAAUUGUAUCGAUGAACCGGGAAUUUCAUUUCGGGUUGGAAACAGUGGGUGUCAAACACGUCGGUUUCAACACGCUUCACACAAGUGAUGCGUACUUGUACCGGUCAGUGGUUUAUGACUGGUGAAUAAAUAAUAACCAGCAAAAUUGCAUGAUCAAUUGAUUGAUAUCGGAAUAAUGUUGAUUUUUUUUUGUUGCCUUAUGUUGAAACAAAAAAUGCAGAUUUAUCGACACGCAGCAUAACAAAAUUCAAACGUAUCGGUAAUCGCCCGUGAGUGUGCUAAUUUAUGCACAACUUAAUCGCAAAUGUAAUAUCAACAUGGUUGAGCUCGUUGUUUGUUAUUGCAAGCGCGUGAAUCCUUGUUGAUUAAGCUUUUCUUUUUUUUUCGUUGGUUUGUUUGUAUCAUAUCUUCGAUAAUCCACCACCCUGUCAGUGAACAUUCGUCAAACGAGCGGAUGCAAAAUGAGUUCACGGUAUAUAAUUGCUUUCAUCAAGGGAUGAGUUGAGGUUCCUUUUUUUUCUAGUGCACUCGGGUUAGUGGACAGCAAAAUAUCCUGUAUGUAAGUGGAACAGUGCUGCCUGGCCGUUCGGUUUUGGUGGGUGUGAGUGUGUUUUUUGUUGUUACUAUUGUCACAGGAAGGGGGCCCACUUUUUCAGCAGAGUAAUCGUUUUGUAUCGCCUCAUCGUUCGUAAGCCAACAAAUACAUUAGGUGCCUGUUAUGCGCACAAAUUUAUCUCCCUUCAUUGGCGUUCUAGUGGCGUAAAGUGUAAAUAAUAAGCAGGUGGAAUUUAUUGAACAUACUAUAUAUUAUAUACUUACAAAUGAAAUACAUAUAUAUAUCAAUGUUUUACUAUUUUGAUGAGCGCACAACUUAUUUUUUGCUCCUCACGCAGUACACACGCAGUUCAAUACAGUUGUCGCGUGAA